AUGUCUGCGACUCUCGCCGCCACCAGCUGCGCGUCUGUCGCGCACGUUUCGCAAGUCCCCUCUGCGCGCGCCUCGCGCACCGUGUCGCUGGGGUCCUUCUCGGGGCUCAAGCGCGUGUCGCCCGCCGCUCACUCCCCGCUUCAAGCACUGCGCGCCAAGCACCAUGCGCCGGCGGCGGCGGCUCCGCGCAAGACCAUCCGCGCGUCCACCGGGGCAGCGGCGGCUGGCACCGGCGGGGCGGGCGCAGUGACGGCGCGCAAGGUGCUGAUGAUGGGCGGCACUCGGUUCAUCGGCGUGUACCUCGCGCGCAUGCUCGUCAAGGCCGGCCACGAGGUGACGCUGUUCACGCGCGGCAAGUCGCCGGUGACGCAGCAGCUGCCCGGCGAGAGCGACGCGGACUACAGCGAGUACUGCGCGCGCGUGCGCCACCUGGCGGGCGACCGCCGCGACCUCGACGCGCUCAGGGCUGCGCUGCAGGGCGCGGACUUCGACGCCGUGUACGACAUCAACGGGCGCGAGGCGUUCGAGGUGGAGCCCAUCCUGGCCGCGCUGCCCAACCUCAAACAGUACCCCCGCACGCCCUCUGCCCGCACGCCCUCUGCCCGCACGCCCUCUGCCCACGCUGCCACUCUUGGCCUUGGCACCCCACCUUUCCCCCCCGUCACUGUUGUCUCUGCCGCUAUCCCACCUCCCCCUUCCCCCCCCAUUUACUGGUACAUAUUCUGUUCGUCCGCGGGCGUCUAUCUCAAGUCCGACGAGCUGCCACACCGCGAGGUCAGCACCGCUGCACGCCCUCCCUCACCUCCUCACCUCCCUGCCCCCAUGCGGUGCACAUCGUCCUUUCGCCCCGCUGCAUCUCCCUGCCUCCACACGCUCUCACCCACUCCCACCUGCCUCUUCUCCCUCCCUCGCCCCCUCUCCUUGCUCCGCACUCACCUGCCCUCCCUGUUAUCCCCCUCACUUACAACCCUCUCCCAUACCCCUCUCCCCAUGCCAACCAACAUCUUUCCCCUGCUUUUCACCCUCUCCCCGCCCCUGCUCCCCAUUCCCCCGCAUUGUUCCAUCUACCCCUUCCCCCUCUGCUUGGCGCAGGAGGGCGCGGUGGAGAGGCACUGCGGCAGGCUGGAGAGGCGGGCAGUGGUGCACUGUAGGCACGAGGACGCGGUGGACCCCAAGUCACGGCACAAGGGCAAGCUGGAGAGCGAGGCGGUGCUGGCGGGCAGCGGCGUGGCGUGGACGUCCAUCCGCCCCGUGUACAUCUACGGCCCGCUCAACUACAACCCCGUCGAAGAGUGGUUCUUCCACCGCCUCCACGCCGGUCGCCCCAUUCCCGUGCCCGGAUCCGGCAUGCAGAUCACGCAGCUCGGCCACGUCAAGGACCUAGCGCGGGCGUUUCACCUGGCGUUGGGGAACGAGGCGGCGUACGGGCAGGUGCUGAACGUGAGUGGGGCGCGCUACGUGACGUUUGACCGCAUCGCCACGGCGUGUGCGGAGGCCAUGGGCGCACCCAAGCCGCUGCUCGUGCACUACAACCCCAAAGACUUCGACUUCGGCAAGAGCAAGGCCUUCCCCCUCCGCAACCAGCACUUUUUCACGGCGAUAGAGAAGGCGGAGCAGGUGCUGGGGUGGAAGCCCGAGUAUGGGCUCGUGGACGGGCUCCGUGACUCCUACCACCUCGACUUCUCCCGCGGCGUGCACCGCGCUGCACCCAACUUCACCACUGACGACAUGAUCCUGGAGAAGCUGGGAGUGUCCGUCACUGCCACCGCAUGA